UCAGUGAGCUAGAGGUACAUUAAUUUGAAGUUCGUAGCAUCACAAAAUAGAAACAAACAAUGGCUUUCGCGCUCAAGGCGUCCCCCGCCCCUCCAUCGUCCUCGGCCGCGUCGGGCCACCCGGCCGGGCGGCAUAGUGCAGUGACGGUGGCCGCGUCGAGGAGGCUUCUUGUGGUCAGGGCGGCGAUCCACCCGGUGGUGCCCAUGGACAGGCUUCUUCUCAGAGCGCCGCGCAAACGAGCCCUAGCACUAACAGUGGCGCAGACCUUGUCCCGUGUCAAGGAGCAGGCCAAGACGGCCCUCAUCCCGUACAUCACCGCCGGCGACCCGGACCUGGCGACCACGGCGGAGGCACUGAGGCUCCUCGACAACGUCGGUGCUGACGUCAUAGAGCUCGGCAUGCCAUCCCCGGACCCCUCUGCCGACGGGCCGGUCAUUAGGGCCUCCGCGCAGCGGGCGCUGGCGGCCGGGGCGACGGCGGACGCAGUGAUGACCAUGCUCAAGGAGGUGACGCCGGACCUUUCCUGCCCCGUGGUCCUCUUCUCCUACUUCGACCCCAUCGUGCGGCUAGGGACGGCGAGCUUCGCCGCCGCGGCCAAAGAUGCGGGUGUCAAAGGUCUUAUCAUACCUGAUCUUCCGUACGACAACAUACAUGCUUUCAGGAUAGAAGCCAUCAAGAACAGUCUAGAGUUGAUCCUCCUUACAACACCAGCUACAACAGCAGAGAGGAUGAGAGAGAUCACGAAAGCUUCCCAGGGGUUUGUUUACCUUGUAAGUGUUGUUGGAGUUACGGGAGCCCGUGCUACCGUAAACCCGCAUGUCAAGGAUCUUCUUAAGGAGAUUAGGAAGGUCAGUGACAAAGCAGUGGCAGUCGGCUUUGGAAUAUCGACCCCGGAACAUGUUAGCCAGAUUGUAGAGUGGGGUGCAGAUGGAGUGAUUAUUGGUAGUGCAAUGGUGAAACAAUUGGGUGAAGCACAAUCACCAACACAAGGGUUGAAGAGGCUAGAAGUAUAUGCCAGGAGUUUGAAAGAUGCACUUCCAUGUUAAAUAAUGUAAAAGUUCAGUAGUUAGACUAGCUGUGAGCCAUCAUGGUGCUCAAAAUUUCAAUAGGUAUACACGGAGAAGCUACUUUUUUUUAAA